CUCAUAGUUGUUUUUCCAUGCUUUGAUAAGUAAUAAUAUAUACUGCUGUGUGUUACAGAGCACAUAAAAUUGAGUAAAUUGUCCAAUGCUUGUCGAUUUUCUGGAAUAUUUGUCCAGUAAUUCCUGUCUCCCCUCCACCAAGGGCCUGCCGCUCGGCUACGCAAAUUGGAAAAUGGGGUAAUAGCGCGAGAUGUCGACUGUUGUGAGGUUGACCAGCAUUAGCCAAUCAGCUAACACGGUCGUGUGAUGGACACGAUAUUGGGCAAAUCAUAAAACGUUUGGAAGUAUGAAAAAUUGUUCUAUUGGCUUGAGACGAACCCCUAUUUGUGAUUGACAAGAUUUUCGGUGAACAUGAUGACAGGAGUGGCAAAAAGACAGACACCAAAUGACCAAUCAACAAUAUCAGGGAACUCUCGCAUAGAUGCAGUUCAUCCAGCCUUUUCGGUGUUUAUGACAUCCUGUUCACAUGAUUUAAGCUAGUAACAUGGCUAUGUAUCCGUUCGAGUUGAGUUUAGUGGGAAGAUUGGCACUGGGAAGCUAGAAUAGCUGAUGCGAGUCGCCUUUUCUUACCUAUGAUAUUGCCCAUUGUGCAGGGGUGUGUACUUGCCGGUUAUCAGCGACUAGCUAGAAUUGUUGGUAAACAGCUUUGCGAGAGUAAGCAUCCAUACAGGAUCACAACAGCUCUGUCGCCAUGAAGGGGCUGUACUGCAAACCGGGGCAGACCACCGCCGACCAUAAAUUUGUUAUACAGGAAACGGCUGUACCCACCGUGCUGGACAGUCACCAAGUCAAGGUGCAGGUCAAAGCAUGCGCACUCAGCCCCAUAAAUGUAAAGUUGAUGGAGGAGAUGAUCAUCCAGAGAGAUGUGUGUCCGGUUGGCAGGGAGGUGGUGGGCAUCAUCCUUCAAGUGGGUUCCAAGGUGACCUUUUUUCAUCCAGGCGAUGAGGUUGUGGGGAUCCUGCCAUUGGACACGGAGAUGUCCGGUCUGAGUGAGGUGAUUGUCAUGGACGAGUAUCAUCUGGUGCAGAAGCCAGAGAAGGUGAGCUGGGUGGAGGCGGCGGGGGUCAUACACGACGGCGUGCGAGCGUACACGGCUCUGCACACCUUCGCCCGCGUGGCGGCCGGACACACCCUGCUGGUCCUGGAUGCAGCCUCGGCAUGUGGCGUUUUGGCCGUGCAGCUGGCUCACUCCCAUGGUGUGCGAGUCCUGGCAUCUGCCCACUCUGCUGAAGACCAGGCCUUCCUGGAGCAGCUCCGGCCCAGCGUGGGGGUGCAGGAGUCACUCGUAGCCAGGGUGAUAGGAGUGUGGAACAGCCAGGUGGACUUGAUUGAGGUGUGUAUGGAGGAAACAGGAGGGCUGGGUGUCGACAUCAUCAUCGAUUCUGGAGUACGGCUUCAGGAGGAGACAGAUUCCAGGAGGCUCCUCCCACACAAACAUGACAUCAUCACCCUGCUUGGGGUCGGAGGUCACUGGGUGACCUCAGAGGACAACCUGCAGCUUGACCCCCCCGACAGCCGAAUGCUCUUCCUCAAGGCCGCCUCCCUCUCCUUCCUCAACCAGGAAGUGUGGACCUCCUCCAGCGCGCGCCAGGGCCGCUACCUUCAUAUCAUGAGGAACAUUGUAGAGAAACUGUCCACUGGAACCCUCAGACCCCAGUUGGAGGAGCCUGUCCCUUUGUAUGAAGCUACCGUCUCCAUGGAGAUGGUUCAGCGUGGCCAGAUGAGGAAGAGGCUAGUGGUUCAGCUGUGA